AUGAUGUACCCAUCGGACAAGAUGAUGGGGAGCAAGGGCCUCCACGGCACGCCGAUCGCCGCCCCGGGCUGCUUCCCCUCGGGGAGGUACUCGCCUUAUCGCGCCGCGCCGGACCCGAUGCCGCCGCCGAGACGAUGCAUGCCCAACACUACGAGUCGUAUAUUGGAAGAUGCAUCCAUUGCAAUGUGCAAUUCUUGGUCACCGAGGCAUAAUGGUGAUCUGUUUGGCGGCUUGAACAGUGGUUUGCAAGAUGGCUUGCUACAAAGAGCGGAGGCUCUGGCGGCGGAUCUGAAGCACAAUUCCGGGACGCCGAUGCCGCUCAAGCACGACCCCGUGUCCGUGUAUCAUCACGGACCACACAUGCCCACACCCCAUCCGAAUAACCGGCCACAUCAUCAGGUACAAUCACAUCUCCUUAUGGGCCACCCGGGGAUGGAGAGCCUCGACAUGUUGGACCCAGCGAACUCGAUGACGACCCUGACGCCGAUGUCCGAGAGCACGGGCGGCGGGCCCGGGCACCACACCGGCAUCCACGGGCCCUCCGUCUACGGCGGCAUGAACGGCAUGAUGAGCCACCACCAUCACCACGGCAAUCUCGGCAGCGGCGGCGGCAGCGUGCCGCACCCGGCCCACCAUCACCCGGCGAUGGCGGCGGCGGCCGCGGCAGCGGCCGUCGCCGGCCUCCACCCGGACGCGGACACCGACCCGCGGGAGCUCGAGGCCUUCGCCGAGCGGUUCAAGCAGCGGCGCAUCAAGCUGGGCGUGACGCAGGCCGACGUCGGCAAGGCGCUCGCGAACCUCAAGCUGCCGGGCGUCGGCGCGCUCUCGCAGUCCACCAUCUGCCGCUUCGAGUCGCUCACACUCUCGCACAACAACAUGAUCGCCCUCAAGCCGAUCCUGCAGGCCUGGCUGGAGGAGGCAGAGGCCCAGGCGAAGAACAAGCGGCGCGACCCGGACGCGCCGUCGGUCCUGCCCGCCGGCGAGAAGAAGCGGAAACGGACGAGCAUCGCCGCGCCGGAGAAACGCUCGUUGGAGGCGUACUUCGCGGUGCAGCCCCGGCCGUCCGGCGAGAAGAUCGCCGCGAUCGCGGAGAAGCUCGACCUCAAGAAGAACGUCGUCAGGGUCUGGUUCUGCAACCAGCGGCAGAAGCAGAAGCGCAUGAAGUUCGCGGCCCAGCAUUGA